CUUUUGAAGCAACUGUCCGAGGCUCAGGAGAGGCUGAGAACUCAAACGAAGGAACUCAAGGACGCUCACCAGCAAAGAAAAUUCGCCCUGCAAGAGUUUUCAGAGCUCAACGAAAGGAUGGCCGACCUUCGCUCACAGAAGCAAAAGCUGUCCCGGCAGCUACGCGACAAAGAGGAAGAACUGGAAGUUGUCAUGCAGAAACUGGACUCCAUGCGUCAGGAAAUGCGCAAGUCUGAAAAGGCCAGAAAAGAGGUGAUCUUUCAUACUUUGGUGAUUUUAACUGAAUUCUUUACGGCAACCACUGGCUUGCUCGUUAUCGUGUAA